UGAAGCGCCUGUACGUAUGCAAGACCAACUCACAGUAGUACGGUACCGUACGGUACAUACGCUGUGUGUUGCGAGUCAAUGGUUUUCGGUGAUGCCUUGGUGAUGAUUGCGUUGAACUGUGAUAACGAGUGAUUAGAAAUUGAGAUAGACAGUGAAAAAUAGUGAAAGAUCAUGAGGUGCAGGGUGUUUAUGAUCGUGCUGCUCGCUCUCCAGGCAACCGCAUUGAUUCAUGUCCCGGAUAUAAUAGGAGUUCAAUCUCCACCACGGAUAUCAAAACAACCUCCAACAGAUGAACAACUUUUCCAAGUAGCCCAAGCAAAAAUCAAUGAAAAUGACAAGCCAUUUUUGAUUGAAUGUGAAGCAGAAGGUGAACCAGCACCCAGGUAUCGAUGGAUAAAAAAUGGCAAAGAUUUUGAAUGGCCAGCUUACGACGACCGUAUAUCUCAGCAACCCGGCAGAGGUACACUGGUCAUAUCGAAGCCACGGGACGAAGACUUGGGCCAGUAUCAAUGCUUCGCAGAGAACGAGUGGGGCACAGCCACAUCCAAUUCGGUCUUUGUCCGAAAAGCAGAAUUGAAUUCAUUCAAGGAUGAAAAUCCAAUUACUCUAAACGCCAACGAAGGAGAUCCGUUUAAACUGACCUGUCAGCCUCCAGACGGAUGGCCGAAACCAAAUGUUUACUGGUUAAUUCAGGACACUGUUGGUGGCAUCAGAUCUAUAAAUAAUUCAAGAAUGACUCUGGAUCCCGAAGGAAAUUUAUGGUUCAGUAAUGUCACCAGGGGCGAUAAAUCUGAUGACUUCUAUUAUGCUUGCGCCGCCACUUCCGUAUUUCGAAAUGAAUACAAAUUGGGAAAUAAGGUUUUGCUGAAUGUCAUAUCCACGGGUGCGUCUGCCAACCAGAAUAAACAUGAACCCGUCAAGCAAUACGUUAGCAGAAAGAACGAAGUAGCUUUGCGAGGAAAAAAAGUGGAACUUUAUUGCAUUUUCGGUGGCACGCCUCUUCCUCAAACUGUAUGGAGCAAAAAUGGCCAACUACUAAGAUCAAGCGAUAGAAUAACACAAGGGAACUAUGGAAAGUCCUUAAUCAUAAAGCAUGUGAACUUUGAAGACGAAGGCUCAUACACGUGCGAGGCGUCGAACGGCGUCGGCGAUGCCAAGUCUUAUUCAAUUAAUUUACAAGUAAUGGCUGUGCCAUACUUUACCGUUGAACCGGAGGUCAUAAACGCAGCUGAGGAUGAGACAGUUGAGUUCAGAUGCGAAGCUAGCGGCGUACCUGAGCCGGAAAUUAAAUGGAUCCAUAAUGGCAAACCGAUAGCUGAAUCCCCACCAAACAGUAGGAGAAAGGUCUCGCAAAAUUCCAUUGUUAUCGAGAAACUCCAGAAGAAGGAUACUGGAAAUUACGGUUGCAACGCUACCAAUUCUUUAGGAUACGUUUACAAGGAUGUUUACGUUAACGUACUUGCUCUCGAACCAGAAAUUACACAGCCUCCUACAGAGGAAGCUACUGUCGAUGGGAAAACUGUUAGGUUGACUUGUCGUGUCUUUGGUGCACCUAAACCAGAAGUGAAGUGGAUAAGAAACGGACAGGCUCUAACCGGAGGUCGUUACAAGACACUUGAAUCAGGCGACUUGGAGAUCGAAAACGUUAUCUUCCUCGAUUCCGGUAAUUACAUUUGUCACGCCUCUAAUAAAUUUGGAGAAGUGGAAGCCUCCGGUAGUCUAAUAGUUAAGGAACGGACGCGAAUUACGGAUGAACCGGAAGACUACGAAGUGGAAGCUGGCUCUACAGCAACAUUCAGGUGUAAUGCUGUGACCGAUUCGAGUUUAACAUUAAAUAUCCAGUGGUUGAGCAAUGGAGAACCUAUUGAUUUUUAUUCGGAACCAAGAUUCGUACGAAGUAGUGAUGAUUCACUGAUGAUUACUAAGACUACGGAACUUGAUUCCGGUACUUACACUUGCGUUGCUCGUACCGAAUUGGAUGAAGCUAAGGCGCAAGCUACAUUGACCGUUCAGGAUGUACCUAAUGCUCCAAUAUUGCUUGAAGUCAACUGUUCUUCCAAUGAAGCAUCAGUCCGGUGGUCCCCAAUGGGCGACAACAGAGCACCAAUUUCACGAUAUAUCAUACAAUACAAUACCAGCUUUACACCUGAUACCUGGGAAGAGUCUACAGAAUUUGUGCCUGCAAUCGAACAGACUCAUAUAAUGCCAAUGUCCCCUUGGGCUAAUUAUACAUUCCGUGUAUUAGCUGUGAAUAAAAUUGGAGCGUCUCUUCCUUCUCCACACAGUGCCGUGUGCUCUACGCAACCGAGUCGUCCACACAAAAAUCCGGAUAACGUAAUGGGCAAUGGAACUAGUCCAGACAAUAUUGUUAUCACUUGGACGGUAAUGCCGCAGAUCGAGCACAAUGCACCAAAAUUCAUGUACCGAGUCUUCUACAAACAAGACAUCCCAGGCGAGAAAUGGAAUCACGAGGACAUAUACGAUUGGCGAGUGCAUCGUCUUCAAUUGAACAAUCAACCGACUUUUCAGAGAUAUAAAAUAAAAGUGGUAGCGAUUAAUGAAAAGGGAGAGUCAAGUGUUCCGGCUCAAGAAGUCACUGGUUAUUCUGGAGAAGACGUGCCUUUGGAAGCGCCGACUGAUUUCACGUUAGUAGAAGUAACUUCAAGUGACACGGCAGUGUUAUCGUGGAAGCCAGUAUCUUUAGAGUCGGUACGCGGUUUUUUGCAAGGAUAUAAGGUAGAAACGUGGACUGACAGGGAUGGCGAGGAGGGUAUGCGAGAGACUAACAUAAAGAACAGUAACGCAACUCGUGCGGUUGUUAACAAAUUUGUACCCUACAGUAAAAAUUAUGUAAGGAUACGCGCUUACAACAGUAGAUACAACGGUCCACCGUCGGAAACUCUUAGCUUUGAUACUCCGGAGGGACCACCGGGAACAAUUAUGAGUUUAGAAGCCGAUCCAAUGGGAUCAAGUGCACUGUCUAUCAGAUGGACAAAACCUGCGGAACCUAAUGGCAAUCUUACUGGAUAUAAAAUUUAUUAUCAAGUUGUGGAUAAGACAGAGGUUCUACCUAUAGUGGAGAGGAAGAGUCACGAGGUCAGAGCUGACGUAACUAAUGCUAAACUAGCUGGUCUGAAACCUAAUACCAAUUACCGUAUUCAUGUUCGGGCAAUGACAAAAGCUGGUGAAGGAAAUGACUACUUUAUCGAACGAAAAACACAACUUGCACGACCCCCAGAUGUGCCCCAGUUUACGUGGGAGCGAAUACCGACUGAGAAUGGUCUUUCAAGUGUUAGGAUUACUUGGCUACCUAGGCAGACAGGUAAUCCCGGUAGCCACUUCUUUGUUAAAUACAAAAUCAAGGGCGAGACAAUUACCCUAAAAACUAAUCCUGAAUUUAUUUCCAAUACGAUUGAGAUUCGUGGACUUCAAAGCGGUGAAGUCUACACCAUGUCUAUUGUCGCGGUUGACGGAGAGUACAUGACUGAAAGUUUGCCACAAGAAAUAGAAACUAGCAAUGAAGGCCCCAUAAUUCAGCCAAAAGAAAAUGUUGCUACUGCUGGAUGGUUCAUAGGUAUGAUGUUGGCAAUCGCAUUCCUUCUUUUGGUACUGAUAAUCGUGUGCGUGAUAAAACGUAACCGCGGUGGAAAGUACGCGGUGCACGAGCGAGAAUUGGCAGCUGGACGGGGAGAUUAUCCCGACGAGGGUGGCUUCCAUGAAUAUUCGCAACCUCUGGACAACAAAUCAGCUGGGGGCAGAGCCUCGUUAGCUUCAUCAUCGCAUCAGGAUGGAAAACAUCCUGAAUCCGAUACGGAUUCUAUGGCAGAGUACGGCGAAGGUGAUACUGAGGGUAUGAACGAGGAUGGCUCAUUCAUUGGUCAAUACGGUCGACAAAGAAAACAGGAACCUAACGCUCAAGCAUUUGCAACAUUAGUAUAAGGUCGUUUCACGGAGGACGGGUCUUUCAUUGGCCAAUACGGGCCAAAGGGUAGACCAGAGGAAACACCACCCAUUCCAACCGGUACCAUGGCUACUUACGUGUAACCUCUGUAACUGUCUAACUUAUGCCGUGUUUGAAUUUUCUCAUAAUCGAGGCCAAGGACUUCACUCCUUGUCUGUCGCAUCAACUGCUAUUCACCUUGCGCUGGGCGCAAUGUCCACACUACUUGUACUGCCAGUUAGAAUUUUGCUUUUGGGUUUUAUAGGUCACUUGAGAUAGGAACUGACUUUGAAAGUAUCAACACUAGGUUAGAGUCUACGGUGAAUAUACGUAUCUUAUGAUGCUAUCCAUUUUAACGUACACUAUAUAUAUUGUUGCUCAACUCUUGAAUCGAGUUAAGCAAUAUAUCUCUUUGAAGGUACCGCGGUACUUGAGCAUUUCCGUGUCUCUCUUAAAAAUUAAAAAAAAAAGCAGAACGAAAAGCUUCAAUUUUCUAUCAAAACAGAUGACGAACUUUACGCAUCUUAGGAUGUGUAAGAUACAUUUAAUACGUUAACACUUUCAUAUUUAUCUCCAGUUAAUUAUGAAACCCAAAGAUAAUAGGUGUUUCAUAGCGUGCAAGCUAAUUACGGAAAUAGCGUUAUAGAUACUAUUCUAGCAUUGACACUAAUAAUUGACAGGGCCAGAUUGGGCUGGACAUAUGCCAGCUUUAUUACAGGGUACCCAAAGUUAUGUUUGUAUCUUUUCAAAUAUGUAUGACAAAUCAUUUUUGGGGCUGCAUUCGUACGUCGAGUAAGCUAUGAUGCUUAAAUAUAAAUGGCACUAUAUAUAAAUAUAUAUAUAUAUAGAAA